ACUGGCAACACUGGUGCGUUUGUGUCAAAUUAAAAAUUUACUAGUAUUUCGUUCUUUGCCAAACAAAUUUGAAAGUUUCUUUAAACUUUAAAGAAUUUAUACGCGAAUAAAUUUAAUUUGUUAGCUGCAACAGCAUGAAGACUCCGCCACAACGUAGAAAAGGCCACAAUGAUAUUCAACAAGCCCGCGGACGUUUUAGGAAUGUACUAAAUGAUACUAUGGCCGAUUCAGAUGAUGAUGAUGAGAACGCUAGUGAGGAAGAUUUACCACAUCGUGGACGUCCACCCAAACAUUUAGCUAAUACAAUGCAACGUGAAAUCCAGUCACCACGUAGUUCUCGUCAUAACAGCCUCUCACCUGGCAAAUACAUUACACCAACUAAACGACGUAAGCGUGAGGAGCAACCAACUGACGAUAAGUCAGCGGCACAACCAACACAAAAAAUACAAGCAGAGAGUUUUGUUAUGAAAUUAUUUGAUCGUAGCCUUGAUCUUUCCAAGUAUACGGAACAAACAGCAUUAUAUCCGAUUUGUCGUGCGUGGAUGUCUAAUCAACCACGUAAUCCAAAUAUUCGCAGUUAUCGAGAUAGGAGAUCACCCUCGCCAGUCGAAAGGAAAAGUAAUGCCGCUGAGAUGCUUGAACAGUUGCAAAGAGGUGAUAUACGAAAUGUAACGUCAAUGCCGGCACCCAAACGCACUGAUGCCCCAAAAAUACCGGUACUGGAUCGUGAUAUUUCGAGUACAAAAGAAAUUGAUGAAGUUGUUUUUGGCAGUAAUACGUUGAACAAGAAUGAACUACUCUCGGAUCAUUUGAUUAAGUGGAGAAAUCUCAAAUCAAGUUGGCUAAAACAGACUGGUAGUUACCAGAAACGUUACGAACUCAACCAUUUAAUCUUACAACAACUCUUCAAGCCCUAAACACUAAUAUAAUUAGAAUUUUAUAAAUUAUAUUGUAUAUGUGUGUGUUUUAAUCAAUAACAUGUAAAUAUGAAUUUG